AUGGCCAAGAACCUUUUCUUUCUAAUAUUUAUUUCUCAAAAUAUUUUGAUAUUUUCUCUUAGAAAUGGCACCAAAAUAUCGGAUCUGCCACCAAAAAACAUGUUUUCAACACAAGAUCGUCUCAUCAGUGAUGUCUUCAAAAAUUAUGAUAAAAGAGUUUCAUCAAUCUUGAAUUCAAAUAAAUUUCGUCAAACAUAUUUUAUACCAGGAAGUAACCAUACACUUGAUGGAUGGAUAUUGUGGAUUACAAUAGAUCAAAUGAAAGUUAUUGAUUUGGAUGAACCUCAAGAAUUAUUCACAACAUCUGUGAAUAUAUUGUUAGAAUGGAAUGAUGUUAGAUUGAUAUGGAAAAGUAGGGAUUAUGAUGGAAUACAUAGUAUAUUUGUUAGACAGGAAAUGGUUUGGACACCGCCAUUAAGCUUUUUUUCUGCGUAAGUUUCUUUGGGAUUUCUACUGACCACUCUUAAGAUCUUUAUUCCAGAAGUGAUGUGAAAGAUCAUCGAGAUCUCGAUUAUCGAAUUGUGGAAGUAAUGUAUUAUGGAUUGAUAUCAGAAUAUAUCACAUUGAGAUUAACAACAAAUUGUGGAUUAAAUAUGAUUGAUUUUCCAUUUGAUAUUCAAAAUUGUGAAAUUCAUUUAGGAAUUUCUAGUGUUGAUUUUAAUAUUUAUAACAUCUCAAUUGAUUUACCUGAAAGCAGUGAUGAAAAUCUUUGUAAUAUGGUGGGUCCUCAAGCUAAUUAUAUACAAUAUUCCUAAUUUAAAAAAAUGUUUAGCGUAACUCUGCAUGGGAUAUUGUGAAUGUGUCAACAGGAAGUUUAAAAAUGAAGCCAGUCGGGGUAUUCGAUUCUAGAUUGGGUGUAAUUCGAGUGAUUCUCAAACGGAAUCCAAUAUUCUACGUGUAUAUGAUGAUAUUACCAACAUUCACAAUAAAUAUGAUUGCAAUUGGUGGAGUAUUUUUGAAAAAAUCAACUCAAAUGGAAAAAUUAACAAUUGGAUUUACACAUAUUAUGACAAUGACAUUUAUAUUAGGAUUAGUAUCAGAGAAAAUACCAAAAACUAGUGAAAUUCCAUUAAUGGGAAAAUAUAUAGUGUUUGGAUUGGGUUUGAUGAUUUUUGCAUUGAUUAUUUCAUCAGGAUUCAAUCGGGUUUUCAUUAUGGAAACAAAUAACAGGUACUUAAUUAUUUCAAAGGUUUGUUUCUUCAAGAAAAUUUGUGAUAAAUCGAUAGAAAAGUGCUCUUUAGCCCAUGUUUUCUUUUUCACCACAUAAAACAAGAAAAUGCGCUCUAAUGCACAACUCUUCGAAUUUUCCUUUGUUUUCAGACGCAAUUUUGCUGGAAGAAUCGUGAAAUUAUUCUUCAUAACAACUCUUCAAAUUUUAAAUAUUCUUUCAUUUUCCUAUAUGAUUUAUCGAUUUUUGAAAUUCGAAAUUGAAUUUGGAACAAAUCGGAAUUGCGACUUUGAGAAUGAUGAAAGAAACUUUUCGAAAUAUUCGAAUAUGUCACAACAUUUUGACACAUUCGAAGAUGAAUUGGGAGAUAUUCGAGAAUGA